UCAGUGAGAGGAACGUUAACGAGAGCAUUGGCUGCUUGGUUCAGAAUUCCCGCGAAAGCAGAACUGGAGUACGCUUACGAGCUUUGACGAUGGAGCUGGCCUGUGCGAGCUCUUGUUCUCUCUCAGUUAAAGCUGCUUGUUCUACCUCCACCCGAGCUGAUGCUCGGCCUUAUCUGUCUUUCCUUACAAAUUCAGCUCGAGUUUCUGAUUCCCUUCCCAAAAUCGCAGGAUUUCGAUUGCAGGUCAAACCAGUCAGGCAACUGAGUUUGUCUCCUGCGACUGUUGUUGGGGACAGAACAGCUGCACCGAAUGACUGCAGUGGGGAGCAGUUAUCAUUUCCUGAUUCAUCUGGUGCCACAAAUCUUUGUGAAGGACCAAAGGGAAAUGAUGAGGACAAGAAUGAACAAGAUGGUGUUGAGGGGGUGGAUGAUCCUACAAUUACUCGAAUUUGUGACAAGCUAAUUGGGGUUUUUAUGGUUGACAAGCCCACUCCGACUGACUGGAGAAGGUUACUUGCUUUUAGCAAGGAAUGGGACGAUCUCCGGCCACAUUUCUAUAAGCGGUGCCAGGACACAGCAGAUAAUGAAGAUGAUCCUGGGAAGAAGCAUAAUCUUCUACGGCUUGGAAGAAAACUUAAAGAGGUUGAUGAAGAUGUUCAAAGACACAAUGAACUCCUGGAAGUAAUCAAAGGGGCACCAUUAGAAAUGAAUGAAGUUGUUGCCAAGCGCCGUAAAGACUUUACAAAAGAAUUUUUCUUGCAUCUUCACACUGUAACUGAAUCCUACUACGAAAAUCCAACAGAGCAAAAUGCUUUGGCAAAACUUGGGAAUAUGUGCUUGGCUUCCGUAGAAGCAUAUGAUACUGCAAAUGAAAACAUUCAAGCUCUGAAUGCGGCAGAGUUGAAGUUCCAAGACAUCCUCAAUUCUCCUUCUUUAGAUGCUGCUUGCAAGAAGAUAGACAAUUUGGCAGAGAAAAAUCAGCUUGAUUCAGCACUAGCACUAAUGAUCACAAAAGCUUGGUCAGCUGCCAAGGAGACAAACGUGACAAAAGACGAGGUGAAGGACAUUCUGUAUCAUCUGUACAUGACUACAAGAACUAACCUUCAGAAACAAAUGCCAAAAGAGAUUAGGAUAAUUAAGCAUCUCCUGACUCUUGAAGAUCCUGAGGAGCGAUUACAUUCGCUAAAGGAUGCAUUCACCCCUGGAGAAGAACUUGAAAGGGAAGUCAUUGACUGCCUUUACACUACACCUGAGAAUCUCCACACUAUGAUAAAAGUCGUGGUCGAUGCAUACAAUUUCAGCCAGGGAGGCCUCUUAAGGGAAGCCAGGGACUUGAUGAAUCCUGAGAUCAUUAGAAAACUGGAGGAACUGAAGAAGGUUGUGGAAGACCAUUUCAUGUGAUGUAGAUCCCUGAGUCACUUAUCAGAGGCCCCGUAUAACUUUCUUUGCGCGGAAUUCUACAAUUCUUGACAUGAUUUUGGCACGAAUAUCAGUUCUGGAUGAAGUUGCAAAUUUCCAGCCAUCAACAAAGAACUAGGACAUUUUGUCAGAAACCAAAUAACUUAAGCUUGAAUACUGCUCCUAGCAUAAUGUGUUAUGCACGUAUUGUGGCAUAUGGGAAGUUUCCUCAUUUUAGUCUAGAGUGUUUCCAUCAUCUCUGAAGGAACUCCUGCAUUGCCUAUGUAGAUGUUGUAUAUGCUUGAGCCAAUUGAAUUGCAAAGAACAAGAAUAACUCACAUUGGGCCUAAAUUCUC